GAGGUGAACCGACCAUGGAAGUCUCACGUUUUAUGUCGUCAGUUAACCAAAUUUCGGUCUCCACAAUCAAUAUUCCGGAAUGCAAGUCGUCGGUGGAAGGAGAAGGAAUCGGGAAAUUCGAGUUUGAAUCGUGGAAGGACCUACUGGUAGACUCUAUGACACUCGCCGGAAUAACUGAUGAGCCAACCCAGUUUGUAGUGUUUAAGGUCAAAGCAGGCGCAAAGUUAAUGGAGAUCUUCAAAAAUACGGCAACAACAAUGGACAGUCCAAACCCUCAAGCAUUUCCUUUCACGAACGCCAUGCACCGGCUCAAGACAUAUUUCGGGUCUAGCUCGGACAUCAUGCUCCAGCGACGCAAGUUAGCAAUGAUGAAUCAGAAACCAGACGAAUCCGAUGUUUCGUUCAUUAUGAGGGUGGGUGCCAUAGCCAGAAUGUGCGAUUAUGGUACCGAAAAGGAAUUUGAGGAGAUUGUCAGCACCGUGGCAGAACAGGCAAGGAACAAAGAAGUGCGAACAGCUGCGCUACGGAUGCUCAGCCGUAAGGGAACGCUAACCGAGCUAAUUGACAAAGUUCGUGAAAUUCAAGCCGUCGCCAUGAACGAGGAGUACUACCGCCUCAGACACGGAAUUGCAGAACAAGCCACAGUCGCUUCGGUAAGCGUUAGUCAAGGAAUAAGUCAGCAGCGCUUCUCACGUGCUCCAUCGAACCUUGGGCGUUUUGGAAAUCAUCAGCCUCGACGUUGGGAUGAGCUAGGUGCCAGGCGACCUGGGAUGUCCGGAUGGAAAGCUCCAGGUGGAGAACGCUGCUUCAGGUGCAACAGCAUGUUCCAUAAACCUAGCGAUUGCGUUGCGAUUGAUCAGACAAGUUUGAAAUGUGGCCGAAAAGGUCACUUCAAGCGGGCCUGCAAGACACUUAUCCGGAGUGGCAGCAAACGACAGAGCGAAUCAGAUAACUCGGGUAUCGAAUCGAAGAGAAUCGCAUUGGUGGACGAGGAAGAAACCACAAAGGAGGAAGAGCGACCAAAGGAAGCCGAUGUAGGUGACAAGAUGUAUUAAUUAAUCGAUCAUUUCAUACACUUUUAAUUACAAAUGAAGUUAUUUAACGUUGAAUUAGUUCCCAAAUUGAACUGUUUAUGAAACUUGUUGCAAUAAAUUCACAAGUGGAAUAAAACACAUUUAAAACUCGUGUUAAUGUCUCUUCAUGAACCCAUAGUAGUAUGACUUGACUUCGUUUUCAUUAGAAAUUGCAAUUUCAUAAUAUUUGAUAUUUAAUUGACAG